AUGGAAAAUAUUGUUCACCAGUGGUGCUCCAAAAAAGAUGUGCUGUUCCUGCUCUACCUGUGCCUGUUGUACAGUAUUCCUGGCGUCCCUACUGUUGGCAACGGCACUUAUGCCCGGAUCUACAUCAAGAGGUCUAUGCAAAGGGAUAGGGAACGGAUGAAAAUGCACCAGAAUUACGGACUCAAUGGGAACAGACCUCCGAGGUCUAUGCAAAGGGAUAGGGAACGGAUGAAAAUGCACCAGAAUUACGGACUCAAUGGGAACAGACCUCCGGUUAGAGUCAGACCACAGAACCAAUGGUAUGCCAAUGGAUGA